UAAACUCAAUUAUUUAUAAAUUUCAGAAUUCAUCAAAAACAUUCAUGAAUUAUAAUAGUACUAAUUCCAAGUCAAGUGCCGACCCUCAGAAAUUGCAAGAGCAAGACAGAAUCGACAACUGAAACCAAGACUUAGGCAACAAAUUUAAGAAAGAAUUUAAUAAAUUAAAAUGAGGAACAAAUAUGGGCUCUAAUCAGGCCAUGGUAAACCUUGAAUUCAGACCUCUUGAGGAUGUCCCCACAAGCAGAGAAACGAAUGGAAAUGGUCAGGGACAUGUACAGAACCUAACCCAAUGCGUUAAACCUUCUUCUGAAGAGAUUUCUAAAUCGGAGGGAGAUGCUGCAUAUCUCCCUAGGAAAAAUACCACAAUUACACAGAACAGGAAUUCAUCACAAGUUCCUGACCAAAGUAUCGAUCGAGGAGAGGCUUCAGGAGGUUUGUUAGCUCCCCCACAUCAAGAAGGGUCGACUUCAGAAAUGAGCGAAAAUUUCCCAAACUUACCGGCUUCCAGUCAAAAUCCUCUACGAAUCGAACAAGCCAAACCCACUGAAGAAAUUUUUAAAGAAAUGGGGUAUUGAGAAAAUGGACAAAUAGAACCUACCUCAAAAUAUAUAGCAUCUCUAAAAGCUGAUGCAAAUUGGCCGCAAGGGCCCAAUGAAUGCCAUCUGUGCUUAAAGCAUAGGACUAGGAGCAGCCUUAUUUCAUGCACAAAAGGGAAACAUGGCUGUAAAGUCAUGAUUUGAAAUAUUUGUGCUAAAAACAACGGUCCUAAUAAAACUAAGCUUCGUAAUGAUUUCCAGUGACCUGUGUGUCAAGGUAUAUGAUAUUGAUCAAAAUGCUGCAAGCUUAUGCUAGAAGAGGAUUUUGCUAAAGCUUGCCAAAUAUUAGGUCUAGAAGCAAAAGUUUGCAACCGAAGUGCUAUCUCUUCUCAUACUCCAUCUUUAGCACAAAAGGAUGUAAUGCAACAAGAAGUCACCCAAAAGUGAGAAAUUCUAACACUCGAGGAACAAGACAAUUAUGAAAGUAUUUCCAGAUACCAAGUAGAAGAAGGCUCUGGAUCGGAGGACAGCCACUGAAUUCCUUCAAAAGCCACAAGGUUUAGAGCUCCAAGAGGAUCUUACAAUAAGCAUAACACCAAUAAAAGUAAAAGAAAAGAUCAAGAUUACGAUGAAUUAUAUGACUUAUCUGAAACAGAUGAAGAGCUCUUUGACUACGAUAAAUUUUUAAAAAGAUUAAGCAAAAAGCAAACAAGAGUAAGCAUGGACAUCAGGAUGUAUGCCUUGAGGACACUUCCUGAUGAUAUGACAUCUUUCUUAAAAGGUAGCAAAAAUGGAGAUACUCAGAUAACACCAAUAGAAAAAGAGCAACAAUUAUCUUUCCAAGACCAUUCAAAGAAGGAAAUCAUGCAUCUCAGGCAAGAAAAUCUUCAUGAAGAAAUAAAUAAAGACCAUAAAUCUGAUCCAAAUGUUCCAAUUACUAGGAACAAGAGGAGAUGUACCUACAAAGACCAUUCCUCUAGCUCAGAACUCUCAAACAGCAAUCACACAGAAUCCAAACGAUAUAAUCUACGCGGCAGAACAUCUCCCAAAAGCUACCUUGAACCCUGUAACGAAUUCCCUGAACCCUCUGCUCUUGCUGCUAACCCCUCAUCCACCCCAAAAAUCAUACAUUCUAGCAAGCCGCCUAAAUCCCAAGCUGCCCAACCCGCCUUGAACCCCUCUUAUGCUCAGCCUCAUCAGUCAACAUUUCCUUCUUCAGGGACCAAAGUCCAGCAGCCUACGGCUGCCUUCCUUCUUUCCCAGUACUGAACAUGAAGUCUUAGGCAGCUGGGUCAGCCAAGUUUAGCCCAGAUGCCUGGGCUAAACCAGCUUUCACAGAAUAUUCAUGUGUACCAGGCUAGAAUGGACCAGGGUAGGUCUGCAGUGCAGAAUAGGUAUAUCCCGCCCAUUUUCACUAGACCCCUCCCAGUUUCCAAAAGCCACGGCUGGGAACCCUCUCUGCUUCAGCAAAGAAGAAAAAAUUAAGUAUUCCCUGUAUUAAGAGUUUAAAAGACUUUAGAGUUUA